UUGUUUGUGAGUGUCCCCUGUUGUAGUAUAUGAUUGAUCCGAUCGCAGUAGCAGGGAUGGAUCUGCAUGAGGGUGACAGCGUCGACACUUAGGGGUCGAGUCACAGAGGGACAGCCCGAGUAGACUUAGAGUCUGUGGCGCAAAAACAAGACAAGAAAGAAAUCUGGAUUCUGUACUUUCUGAGGUUGGAUCUAUAAUAGACCAAGCUGGUGAAAAUGAAGCACGUCUGGGUUUGUCAGGGUCACUGUGUAUUCGAUUUUUGGGUCCUUGGGAAUGCCACAAUCUGUUCAGUGUUUGCGGUGAGGAAUGUCUCGGUUCCUCAGUGACAUGAGGGCAGGCUGGAGCUGAGACGCACAUUCCAACAAGAGCUGGUGUGCUGAGCUCUACGCCCGACUUUGACCAGAUGAAGUGCGGGGCUGCCAACCGUUUCCCACAGUUUUCCCUCAACUUCCGCCGCCCCAGGCGGUCUGUCACGAUCUCGGACUCACCCCCAACUAUAGAGCUCAUCACCAAGCCCAAGGUGAAGCAGCGCACGCAGAACAUCACAGAGAAAGUCACCCAGGUGUUGUCUCUGGGUGCCGAUGUGCUGCCCGAGUACAAGAUCCAGGCUCCAGACGUCCACAUGUGGAUCAUGCUGCACUACAGUCCCUUUAAGGCGGUUUGGGAUUGGGUCAUCCUGCUGCUGGUGCUCUACACGGCCGUCUUCACUCCCUACAGCGCUGCAUUCCUGCUGAACGAGCUGGAGGAAGAGCGCAGGCGGCCCUGCGGCUACACCUGCAACCCGCUCAACGUGGUGGACGCCAUAGUGGACAUCCUGUUCAUCGUGGACAUCGUGAUCAACUUCCGCACCACCUACGUCAAUCACAACGAUGAGGUGGUGACACACCCGAAGCGCAUUGCCAUCCACUACAUCAAAGGCUGGUUCCUCAUCGACAUGGUGGCCGCUGUCCCUUUUGAUCUGCUCAUCUUUAAAUCGGGGACAGAUGAGACAACCUCCACUCUAAUUGGCCUCCUGAAGACGGCACGACUGUUGCGACUGGUCCGUGUGGCGAGGAAGUUGGACAGAUACUCUGAGUAUGGAGCUGCGGUCCUGGUUUUGCUUAUGUGUACGUUUGUGCUGAUCGCCCACUGGCUGGCAUGUAUUUGGUAUGCUAUCGGUUAUGUGGAAAGGCCAUAUAUGAAAACGGGCUGGUUGGAUAAUCUGGCUGACCAGCUGGGGAAGCAUUAUAAUGACAGUGAUUCCAGCUCAGGACCUUCUAUAAAGGACAAGUACGUCACUGCGCUUUACUUCACCUUCAGCAGCCUGACCAGCGUGGGCUUCGGAAACGUCUCACCAAACACCAACUCUGAAAAGAUGUUCUCCAUCUGCGUCAUGCUUAUUGGCUCCCUCAUGUAUGCCAGCAUAUUUGGGAACGUGUCGGCGAUCAUCCAGAGGCUUUACUCUGGGACCGCGCGGUACCACACUCAGCUGCUGCGAGUGAAGGAGUUCAUCCGUUUCCAUCAGAUACCCGGAGGACUGAGACAGAGGCUGGAGGAGUACUUCCUGCACGCUUGGUCCUACACCAACGGCAUCGACAUGAAUGCAGUUCUGAAGGGUUUUCCAGAAUGCCUGCAGGCUGAUAUCUGUCUGCAUCUGAACCGCACGCUGCUGCAGAACUGCAAGGCCUUCAGAGGAGCCAGCAAGGCCUGUCUGAGAGCCCUGGCCACACGCUUUAAAACCACACACUCCCCUCCAGGAGAUACACUCUACCACCACGGCGACAUCCUCCACACACUGUACUUCAUCUCCCGCGGAUCCAUUCAGGUGUCCCGUAACGACAUGGUGCUGGUUGUACUGGGUACGAAUGAUAUUUUGGGGGAGCCUAUUGACCUGUAUGCUGAGCCUGGACACUGCAAUGCUGAUGUGAGGACACUUACCUAUUGUGACCUUCACCGUAUCCAGAGAUAUGACCUUUUGGAAGUGCUGGACAUGUUCCCAGCCUUCGCCGACAGUUUCUGGAGAAACCUGGAGAUCACCUUCAACCUUAGAGAAGCAGAUGCAGUUGUGCACACGGUACACAAUGAGAUUUCGGACUGUGUUUACCAUGCCAGUUGCUCACGGCACCGCAGAAACUCACUGGACAGAAGAAACAGACCAGAUGGGAUGGAUCAAAACGAUUCUUACCCACUUCAGACGUGCCCAGGUUUGGGUCAUCACUGUUCCACAGGCCAUCACACCCACUGGGAGGAAAUGUACAGCUGUGACUCCUCCACGUCCCAGUCCAGCGAGGAUCUCAACAAACCACCGCUGACCCACAGUCAGAUGUGCAGCCCUACAGGAAACCCCAAGGAUUACCACCCGCCUGUGGUGCGAUUGAUACCACCCAACAGUACCUCAGGGGUCGGCCUGGAGCCUGGCAUGGACAGAGGGCCCUCGGGAACUCGUCUCUCUGGACUGUACAGUUACUGGCCAGACUGUCAGGGAAAUCAGUACACAGAGCGAUGCUGUCGAUCCUCAACUGUUCAAGCUUCAUACAAUCAGCCGCAGUGCACAGAAGACUGUCCCACUGAGCUCGAGUCCAGACUGGAGUUACUGCAGAGCCAGCUGAACCGGUUAGAGACAAGAAUGACUGCAGACAUCAAUGUGAUUCUUCAGCUUCUGCAGAGACAGAUUACCCCGGUACCCCCCGCAUACAGCUCUGUAUCUCCAGCAAAUCACGCCCCUGACCCUUCCAUCCUCUACGGGAACAGUGCACCAGUGCUGCACACUCUGUAUCCAAUUCCUAAUCUCCAGCUGGAGACCAGAGCUCCCACAAUCCAGCAGAGUGCAGCCCAGCCGGAUUCAAAGUUCAAACCGAAGUCUCAGGAUUCCCUGUUCAGUGGCAUACAGGACACAGUGGGGUCAAAUGAAGAUGAGAAUCUUCAGUGUAGCUCAGAGACAAAGCUGACUGUGGCUUCCAUAUGCCAGGCAUCUCCCAAUAUGAUGGACGCAGCAUGUCUCCAUUCUUCUCUUCGUUUCCCAUCGCUGCCCGGCAAUCUGGACGCCUCUGCAUGCCUGGCACAAAUCCACAAACAUCUGUCCGACCCUGUCUUACCUAUUAACCAAUGACUUCCUAGAAAACUUCUAAAUUUGACCCACUUUGCAGGGAACUUAUCAGGGAACAUCAUCACACAUCAGGACUCACGUAAACCUCAAACACUGGGAUUCAAGGUUUAGAAUACCAGAACACCAAUGAACACAGUACACAGUAGUGACAAACGUACUGACGGUUUCACACUCAAAUUUGCAGGAACAGAUAGAAAGGGACAGACCCUUUCUGUUCCAACAUGACUUCGCACCAGUGCACAAAGCAAGCUCCAUAAAGAUAUGGAUGAGGGAGUUUAGUGUGGAAGAACUUGACUGGCCGGCCCUGUCCUGACCUCAACCCAAUAAAACACCUUUGGGUUAAAUUAGAGCAGAGACUGCAAAAAACUCAGAAAGAAUGAACAAAAAUCCCCAUAAACACACUCCUGAACCUUGUGGAAAGCUGUUAUAAAUGUAAAGAGUGGGCUGAAAUUAUAUUAAACCCUAUGGAUUAAGAAUGGGAUGCCACUCAAGUUCUAAUGCGUGAGAAGGCAGACAAGUCAAUACUAUUGGCAGUAUACAUUUUACAUUACAUUUUUACAUUUUUGGCAUUUAGCUGACGCUCUUAUUCAGAGCGACUUACAAAGUUAUUUCUCUUACAGAGGUGGGUCAAUGUAGUGUUAGGAGUCUUGCCCAAGGACUCUUAUUGGUGUAGUGCAGCAUUCAGUCACCCAGACCUGGAAUUGAACCCCAGUCUCCCACAUGGUGCCUCACUGGCAGGUGGUGGUGUUAUUCACUGCGCUACACCAACCAGUAUAGUAUAUUUAUUAAGUAUAUUUAACCCUGUUUGCCAGAAGAAACCAAACUAUGAGGACAGACUGUAGCAUCAAGCUUGGUAAGCAAAGCCAUGACUAGUGCUUGUUUUCUUUUUUUUUACUUUUUUUUUAGAGCAAGGCUGCAAAAUACAUAAUUCUCAGGUACAUAAUGGGUAUACAGAGGACACUGUUUUUAAUCCAUAAGGUUUUCACAGUACACAGCAAAAACUAGAGAUUUGAACAGUUGAGAGUUGAUUUUCACUCUGAAAGUAAUUUUAACUGAUUUAAAUGUUGUUUAAUGUUGGAUUUAUUGGACACAAUUGAAUGUGUUUUAGUGUUAAACCAGUAUAUCCAAUUAAAGCAAUAUACUGCCCAACUCCUCAUGGCAGAGUUAAGUCAACUCAGCCCACUUUUUUUACUUCUUCGGUUGGAGAUUAUGAGCCUUCAACACCAUAUUGUUCCCCAAUUGUAGACAUAUAGACAUACACAAAUAAAGCAACAUUUUUUAUUGAGGCACACUAAAACACUUACAAUAAAAUUUCUUAGUACAUUACACAAAACAUAAUUUUCCUAUUUGCUCCUGGCUCAAGCUACCGUCCCCUGGGUAGUCGUUUAUAUGUAGAGGUUGUUUAUAUGAUCACAGUGUUAUAGGCUGUAAGAGCAAGUUACUAUUUUCUGUACUCUAAAAUAUGGAUAGGUACUGUAUUAAAGUUGGGAAAAUAAGUUUGCAAAGGAAACGAAGGUAUGUUUUAUCCGCUGAUAAGAACCAAAAACAAUCUAGCUUUCCCUAAAAAAAAAAGCAAUUGUUGAUUAUGUUAACUCCACUAUGAGCUAAAAUAUAUGAAAAGUUUUACUAUUUUGAAAGUGUUGAUUCUCUGCUGCUGGGUGUGGUUUUAAGUUGCCUAACGGUUACAGUUAUUUCACUAGAAAAAAUGUGUGAUCUGUUAAAGUUUUGGUUAAGACAUUACCAGCCCAAACUCACAAUACAAAAUAAGAGUCUACAUUACAUGGGAAUGUGAGUAAUAUCACUUUACAUUCAAUAAAGGUCACAUUUAUUUGAUUUAGCAAAGGUUGCCCAAGAGGGAAAUGAAUACACACUAAUGCUGGAGGAGUUAAAUCAACUUAAACAGUACAAUGAAUUGAUUUUGUCAUUUAAAAUAGUAAUUAUUUAUACUAUUAUACUAUUUAUACUUAUACUAAGUCAGGAGCACAUCUAAAGUAAGUUAAAUAAAGUUAUUUCUCAUGCUGGAGUUUUGCUUUUUUUUUCUUUCUUUUUUUUAUGUAUGUACAUUUAUUUCCCCUCAUCUAAUUUUGUGGGGGCUCCUCUGGAUUAUGCUAAGCUAUGUUGCUGUAAUAUUGUGUUUUAAAACACUGUAUUUAUUUUUACCUACUAUGAGCCUGUACAUUCAACCAACUGACUUCUGUACGUAUGUCCAGGUUAACUAAUUUAAAAUAAAUUCGUUUUUCUCAA